UUUUAAUAAUUAUUAAUUUUAUAGUAAUUGGUAGGUACUUGUGUCGAAUCCAAAUAUGCAGUUUUAUUUUUAAAUAGUUUCGAAUUUAUCAACAUACGUUAUCAGCAGUUCAGUUUGUAAAGAUAAGAGAUAAUAUUGAUAAGAGCAUAAAGCCGCCAUCUUGCAGCCAUUCGGCGUUUUCUGUCUCUAGACGCUUGUCGAAAUUGAACGAAUGAACGAAAGAACGACUUUUUAUUAUUUCACGAUCCGGAUUGUUUCGUUCACAGGUUUGACCCGUUCGUUUAGAUCCGUUCGUUCGCGUACGACACAUCUCUAGUCUAGUUUCACUUUGGAAUUCCUUUGGCGGUCGCCGCAAUGGUUGUUUCUGAUUUGCCAAAGAAUCGAAAAGAAAAAAUGGAAGGUGAUCAUUCGGAUAAGGAAAAUAAAAGAGAAGAACAAAACAUUAAAAAGAAAAAACGUACUCGUUCAUCAAGCAGUGGUUCGAGUAGUAGUCGUUCUUCAUCAAGCAGCUCUCGUUCUGGCAGUGGUUCUUCAGGAUCUAGUAGCCGGACAAGCUCUAGCAGUUCUGGUUCUAGCUCACGUUCUAGCUCAAGUUCAUCUAGUUCAUCUAGUUCUUCUGGUACUUCUACUGGUCGAGCUAAAGCAAAAACAAAGCAACCAAGAGUGAAAAGUGGCAGUAAAACAAAGAGUAGAAGUCGUAGCCCUAGAAAAUCAAGACGUGAUGAUGAGGAAAAAGUAAAAAAAGCUGAAAGUAAAACUAGAACUUCAAGAAAAUCAAGAUCAGGUAGUCCAAAACGGCGUAAGAAGGAAAGAUCACCAACUCCAAAACCCUGUCGUAUUCAUGUCGGUCGUUUGACUCGAAAUAUAACUAAGGAGCAUAUUCAAGAAAUAUUUUCUGAUUUYGGAACAAUAAAAGAAGUAGAUGUACCUCUAGAUCGAUUUAAUAAAUUGUGUAAAGGAUUUUCUUAUAUUGAGUAUUCCACUCCAGGAGAAGCUGAGAAUGCCAUGAAACAUAUGGAUGGAGGUCAAAUUGAUGGACAAGAAAUAACUUGUGCGCCAGUGUUGUUACCACGUCCAGCUAUUCGUAGAAGUCCUAUUCGCCGCGGUGGUUGGGGUGGCGGUGGUGGUGGUGGUGGUGGUGGUGGUGGUGGUGGGCGCCGAAGAACUCCACCUCGAUAUAGACGUAGAUCACCAAUGCCUAUAAAACGGCGUUCUCCUCGUCCACGUAGAAUGAGAUCUCGUUCAAGAUCUCCAAGAAGGCGUAAGCACAGUCGUUCAGGAUCUAGCAGCUCACCUUAAAUUCCAAUAUAGUGUAAUUACUUCACUUUAUUUUAACAAAAAAAUUAAAAUAAAUAAACGGUUCUUUAUUUUUUUUUAUAAACAUUACUCUAGUAUCUAUUUCAAUAGAAUUUUGUAAUCAAUUUAUCUUUUUUAAAUACAUGUUUAUCUACUAUUCAUAACUAUACUUAAAUAUCUUGCUAUAAUUUACAAAAUUUAAUGGUGACCUAGUAUUUCAUCAAAUGUAGGUAUAACUCGUGUUUGAUAUUAGUGUAACAUUUWUUUUAUUUUUUUUUUGUAUUAAAUUUUAAAAAAAUGUACAUGAAAAAGUUUUGUUUAAACUUAUUUUUAUAGUUUAAUUUACCUGACACUGUGGACAAAAGCUUAACUGGUUUUUUAAUAAAUUAUCUGACUAAUGAU